GCCACGAGCAUCCCCAUAGUCAUCGGUUCCCUGAAUUCUGCCAGGUAGAGAAACUGAGGCGGAAGACCUGUGGACACCUCCAGGGUGUGUCCUGCCUUGAGCUGGGUGCCCAGUCCCUCCUCUUGGAGGCCUGGUUACAGGCCUCAUAGCCCCAGCCUCACCCAGUGAGACCUGUGAGCACCCGGUGUGGACCAGGGUGGGCCUGAGAGGCCCAAGGCCCCCACCAGGGUCCCGUGUCAGGAGGGCUGGGGGGGGUGCUGUGGGCAGGAAGCGGAAGCGUCAAGUAACCCUUGGCUGCAGUUGAGAGCGCGAGAGCUCACUUCUCACUCAGCUCAGCCAGAGCUGGAGGUGGGCGUCCCGCGCUGAGGCCGGCGGACAAAUGGACCUGUCCUGCGCCCUAGGGCUCGGGACACUGCUGGCCCUGCCAGGGGUCCUGGGCUCGGGUGGCGAUGCCGAGCGGAGCGCAGGCUCCAACUCUGUCACCGUCGUCCUGCUGCUGCUGCUGCUCCUGCUGCUGGCCACUGGCCUGGCGCUGGCCUGGCGCCGCCUCAGCCGCGACUCCGGAGGCUACUACCACCCGGUCCGCCUGGGCGCCGCGCUGUGGGGCCGCACCCAACGCCUGUUCUGGGCCAGCCCGCCAGGCCGCUGGCUCCGGGCCCGCAUUGAGCUGGGGUCGCCAGAUGAGGACCUAGAGCGGCAGGACGACGAACAGGACGUGGAAGACGACUACUACGACAUGGAAGGUGGCCAGGAGGAGGCUGAAUCCCGGGAAGAGGGGCAGCCAGGUGGAGAGGAGCCCAGCCCACAGCAGGUCCCAGGGCCGGCGGAGGAAGCACGUGACGGUGACGCCGGUGAUGACAGUGACGCCGGUGAUGCCGAAGGGGGCCUGGGUCUCAGCUCCCAGGGGCCAGCAGGCUCAGGGGGCAGUGCCGAGGCCUUGCUGAGCGACCUGCACGCCUUUGCUGGCAGCGCGGCCUGGGAUGACAGCGCCAGGGCAGCUGGGGGCCAGGACCUCCAUGUCACUGCACUGUAGGGGCCAGCCCUGGGGACGCAUCCCUGUCACUGUGCAUCUGCUUCCCAGGCUGCCGUGGCUGGACAAAGCCUGCCCUGGACCCAUCAUCACCCACACCCCCACAUGGAAAGCCUCAGACUGUCACUCCCCCAACUAGUUCUGUCCCCAAGUCUGUGCAUCCCCGCGCCCUCCAGAAGGCCACCCAGCCCCAGGGCCAUUGGGCAGCCAUCUGAAAUAAAACCCCUCCAGCCCUG